CGAUUUUUUUUUUUAAAGAGGAAACCAAUUUUCUUAAGUCGGUUUUCACGCAUCUCUUAUAUUCUUCUUAAUCUCCAUCAACCAAAAACGAAACCUUGCGACGUUAAUUCUCUAUAACCAAAAACCAUGGUAUUCAUCGUUCCACCCACCGGAAAAAUCCUCUCCCUCGACAUAAACCCUAACACCACCACUCUCCACAAUCUCAAAACUGAAAUCGAAAAUUUCCACGGAAUUCCAAUUUCACACCAACGAUUAUUCCUUUCACAGAGUCUCAAAUUACUCGCCGAUAACGAUUCAACCCUAAUCUCAAAUCUCGGUGUUGGAAAUUACUCAACCCUAACCCUACACGUCCCCUUUUACGGCGGAACACAACCACCCGCCGUCCCCAAACCGCCUCGUUUCGAUUUUCUUAAUUCCAAACCGCCUGCUAAUUAUGUUGCCGGACUUGGUCGUGGUGCCACCGGGUUUACUACCCGGUCUGAUAUUGGUCCGGCGCGUGCUGCGCCGGAUCUUCCUGAUAGAUCAGCACCAGGUGCCGCACCAGCUGGUGCGGCUCCCAUUGGGAGAGGGAAAGGUAGGGAGGAUGUUGCUGAGGAAGAUGAUGAAGGGGAGGAUAAGGGGUAUGAUGAGAAUCAGAAAUUUGAUGAGUUUGAAGGGAAUGAUGUGGGGUUGUUUGCUUCUGCUGAGUAUGAUGAGGAUGAUAGAGAAGCUGAUGCUGUUUGGGAAGGGAUUGAUAAGAGGAUGGAUUCGAGGAGGAAGGAUCGGAGAGAGGCGCGGUUGAAGGAGGAGAUUGAGAAGUAUAGAGCUUCGAAUCCGAAGAUUACUGAGCAGUUUGCUGAUUUGAAAAGGAAGUUGUAUACUUUGUCUACUGAUGAUUGGCAGAGUUUGGAGAAGUUUGAGAGUGGUGGUUAUUCGUCAAAGAAUAAGAAGAAGAGGUUUGAGAGUUUUGUUCCUGUGCCUGAUACGCUUCUUGAGAAAGCGAGGCAGGAGCAAGAGCAUGUGACUGCGUUGGAUCCUAAGAGUAGGGCUGCUUCGGCGAAUGGGACUGAGACUCCGUGGUCACAGACGCCGGUUACUGAUUUGACUGCUGUUGGUGAGGGGAGAGGGACUGUUUUGUCGUUGAAAUUGGAUAGGUUGUCCGAUUCAGUUUCUGGGAUGACUAAUGUUGAUCCGAAGGGGUAUCUUACUGUUUUGAAUAGUAUGAAGAUUACUAGUGAUGCUGAGAUUUCUGAUUUUAAGAAGGCUAGGUUGUUGUUGAAGAGUGUUACUCAGACGAAUCCGAAACAUCCUCCUGGUUGGAUUGCUGCUGCAAGGUUGGAGGAGUUGGCGGGUAAGCUUCAGGCGGCUAGGCAGUUGAUACAGAAAGGGUGUGAAGAAUGUCCCAAGAAUGAAGAUGUGUGGUUGGAGGCUUGUAGAUUGGCAAAUCCCGAUGAUGCCAAGGCUGUGAUAGCUCAGGGUGUUAAGUCAAUUCCCACUUCAGUUAAGUUGUGGAUGCAGGCUUCGAAAUUGGAAAACGAUGAUAUGAAUAGAAGUAGGGUGUUGAGGAAAGGGUUGGAGCACAUUCCUGAUUCUGUUAGGUUGUGGAAGGCUGUUGUGGAGCUUGCAAAUGAAGAAGAUGCUAGACUUUUACUUCACAGAGCUGUGGAAUUUUGUCCAUUGCAUGUAGAAUUGUGGCUUGCGCUUGCUAGGUUGGAAACUUAUGACAAUGCCAAGAAGGUUCUCAAUAAGGCAAGAGAGGGGCUGCCCAAGGAGCCAGCAAUAUGGAUAACGGCCGCCAAGUUGGAAGAAGCUAAUGGGGGGGCUAAAGAGUUUAUUACAUUGGCCGAUGGGACGAAGGUAAACAAGGUUGAAACGAUUACUAGAAGGGGUAUAAGGGCUUUGCAAAAUGGAAAUAUGGUGAUUGAUAGAGAAGCUUGGAUGAAGGAAGCUGAGGCGGCAGAACGAGCUGGUUCAGUUGCAACAUGCCAGGCAAUAAUCAAAUGUACUAUUGGAAUUGGAGUUGAAAAAGAAGAUAGGAAGAGAACAUGGGUUGCCGAUGCUGAGGAAUGCAAGAAAAGAGGUUCUAUUGAGACUGCUAGAGCUAUAUAUGAUCACGCCUUAAGUGUCUUCUUAACUAAGAAGAGCAUAUGGAUCAAAGCAGCACAACUUGAAAGGAGUCAUGGUACCAGGGAAACUCUUGAUUCAUUACUUCGCAAAGCAGUUACCUACAGACCACAGGCUGAAGUUCUUUGGCUUAUGGGUGCCAAGGAGAAGUGGCUUGCUGGAGAUGUGCCUGCCGCCCGUGCAAUUCUCCAAGAAGCUUACGCUGCUAUUCCCAAUUCAGAGGAAAUAUGGCUUGCGGCUUUUAAACUAGAGUUUGAAAAUCAUGAACCGGAAAGAGCUAGAAUGUUGUUGGCUAAAGCGCGAGAGAGAGGAGGUACAGAGAGAGUUUGGAUGAAAUCAGCUAUUGUAGAGAGAGAACUCGGAAACAUUGAAGAGGAAAGGAAAUUGCUAAAUGAAGGACUUAAGCAAUUCCCUUCAUUCUUUAAAUUGUGGUUGAUGCUUGGCCAGCUUGAGGAACGUCUUGCUGAGGCUGCAAAGCAGCAGGAUCAGACUGAGAAGCAGCAUUCUCACAAGAUGGAAGCUAAGAAGGUCUAUGAUUCUGGACUGAAAAGUUGUCCUAAUUCUGUACCCCUUUGGCUCUCUCUUGCUAAUCUCGAAGAGGAGAUGAGUGGGCUGAGUAAAGCUCGUGCAGCUCUCACAAUGGCUCGAAAGAGGAAUCCUCAAAACCCUGAACUCUGGCUAGCAGCUGUUAGAGCAGAAUUAAAGCAUGGUUAUAAGAAAGAAGCUGAUAUUUUGAUGGCAAAAGCAUUGCAGGAGUGUCCCAACAGUGGCAUUCUAUGGGCUGCUUCAAUUGAGAUGGCUCCUCGUCCCCAACGUAAAAGCAAGAGUAUGGAUGCCCUAAAGAAAUGUGAGCAUGAUCCCCAUGUUAUAGCUGCUGUGGCCAAAUUAUUCUGGAUUGAUAGGAAGGUGGACAAAGCCAGGAAUUGGCUGAAUAAGGCUGUGACACUUGCUCCUGACGUUGGUGAUUUUUGGGCUUUGUUAUACAAAUUUGAACUACAGCAUGGAACUGAGGAGAACCAGAAGGAUGUAUUGAAGAGAUGUGUCGCUGCUGAACCAAAACACGGAGAGAAAUGGCAACCAGUCUCAAAGGCAGUGGAGAACUCUCACCAACCAACGGAAUCCAUCUUGAAGAAAGUGGUUAUUGCACUUGGGAAGGAGGAGAAGGCAGCUGAGGAUAGUAAACAUUGAUUUGCCAGGACUUUAGCAUCUUUCUGUCGAAAAAAAUGAUUGUCGCAUCUUUACCAAUGUAUUCUGUUCCCAGCAGCUGUUGGAAUCUGAGCUGACUCCAAUUCUGAGGCCAUUCUAUUGGUAAGCAUUUAUUGCUGGGCAUCUGAGCUGGGGUACAAUGCAUUUGGGUAUACUAUAAAAUGGUUCUUCACAAAAAAAAAAAAAAAAAACUAUAUAAUGGUUAUUAUAAUCCUGAUUCUGUUCUAAUAAUGGGAUCUUGUUUGUUGUUUACUGUCAACUUUUUACUCUGAAUGCUAUAUUUCUUCCUGCUUUAAAUUAUGUGUGACUUUCCAUCCAACUAUUGGUAGGGUUGCUGCAAAGGCAUGCUCAGUGAAUUUUGAAUGAUUUUUCUUUUCUUCUUUACUCUGACUUGGAUUAUGAUUAUUCAGUUUUCUUAACUCAAGAACCAUGACAUGGUUCCAAGGAGUUCUGCUCUUAUUUGUGCGAAUAUACCAAAUAUCAUAGGCUGCUAAGAUGAGCUUUGCAAGUUUGAAAUACACAGGCACUUAAAAUUAUAGUCUAUCAUAUGUAUUCUCUUGAUUGAAAGGCAGGCACUAUUCUAUCUAUACUGAUGUAACUUUGACUUACUGAAUAACAUUAUUUCUUCGAUUUUACAUCAGCUGUAAGGUAUAUUAUAUUUUGUUAUGAUCUCAUUUCAGCAAUAAUAGCUGCAGUAUAAUGCUUACAUUAUAGUUAA